AGCACUAGGUAGAUUUUUGACAAAAAUUUUCUGGCAACACUGUAGCCUUGUACCAUCUUGUAUAAAUUCGCCUUGGUUUUUCACAACAGAAAAUUUCAAUAAUUAAGAUUUAAAAACUUUUAAAAUGACUACCAACGUCAAUAUUCGGCUUGCUAUUGACCGCGUGAAUAUGGGCCUGUUGGCACAGAACCAAACUAGAGCGCCGCGUCUCUACACGCCCGGCGAAGUUGUUACCGGGCAGUUUGGUUUCAUGAAAGGACACGGCACGUAUGUUGAAGGCGAUGACAUCAAGGCCUCAGUGGCAGGUGUAAUGGAGCAGGUGAACAAACUUAUCUCAAUAAAGCCGCUCAAAAGUCGUUAUGUUGGCGAAAUCGGUGAUGUUGUUGUUGCGCGCAUCACGGAGGUGCAACAAAGACGCUGGAAGGUGAACACGAACUCACGCCUAGACUCGGCAUUGCUGUUGUCAUCUGUGAAUCUACCCGGUGGCGAGUUGCGCCGACGAGGUGUUGAAGAUGAGCAAAUGAUGCGUAAAUACCUGCAAGAGGGUGAUCUUAUAUCUGCGGAAGUGCAAAACAUCUUCGACGAUGGCACGCUAUCUCUCUAUACACGCAGCUUGAAAUAUGGCAAACUCUCACAGGGUGUUUUGGUCAAAGUGUUUCCAUCAUUAGUAAAGCGGCGCAAGACGCACUUUCAUAACUUGCCUUGUGGUGCAUCAAUUAUACUCGGCAACAACGGGUUUAUAUGGAUAUCACCUACAGUCAAUACCGAAGCUGAUGGCGGGGACGGUGGUUAUGUGCAGAACUUGAGCGAAGUUAUACCAAGAGCAGAUCGUGAAGUGAUUGCACGUCUACGCAACUGUAUUUUGGCUUUAGUACAUUGCAAGAUGAUGCUGUAUGACACGAGCAUAUUGUACGCCUUUGAGGAGUCUAUGAAAUAUGAGGUGGAUGAGUUGCUGCAGCAGGAAGCUAUAUUUGACGUUGCAUUCUUAACGCAACAUCGACUACGUCUGCAGGAAGAAUAGCAGUAUAUCAUAAGGUGGGUGAUAAUUCAAAGAAAGCCAAGGUCUAUUUUUAAACAUAAAUAAAAGUAAGCAUUUUUCUAAAUAAAAA